GCUAGGAUUCUGUAGAGGACAGAGCACAUGUCUGUGAGUACACAGCCUGUUUAUCGCCCACUAAUUUCACCCACCGUGGAUUUUGUGAAAUUUUCAUUAAGAUUACGGUCUACCCAUCGUGGGAUGCCAAGUCUUGAGCGGCGUAUUUCCGGAGAAUUUAGUAAAAUGGAAGCAGACGAUCAGAGAAUAGAAUCGAGUGAAUGUAGCCCCGACGAGACCGAGCGAUCAAGAACCAGAAGAGGAGGGGCCACGAACAAUAAUAAUCACCGCACGGAGACGAAUGGAAAUUUUGUUCCUGGGAAAAAGAAGCAUCGCCGUGGAAAAAACAAAACCAAACGAAGAUGGAAGCCGUAUACCGAAAUGACUUGGAAAGAAAAGAAAAAUUUGGAAGACAGAGAAGCUAAACGCGCCGAAGAAAAACGUAAACAUCGGUUGACACCGUAUAACACAACUCAGUUUUUGAUGGAAGACCACAAAGUCAACACCCCGGAUUUCAAUAUGGACGGGACUUACUCGCGUCAAACAAGUAUGGACUCUUCGGACGAGCUUUGCACGAGCGACGGGGAAGUACAGUUCUUCGAAAAAGAUUUUAGUGAAACGUAUGAACGCUUGCACGAGGAAGCGCUCCAUUCUAUGAUCAAGACUGAUUUAGUGAAGGAAUUUAUCCGCGUUGAAAACUAUGUGACGGAACUAGAGGAAUCGCUCAAACUGGAGAAACAGAAGCGACAACGUGAUAAAGAAAGUCGUUUAACGGAGAAGAGGAGCUCGGAAAGAAAAGAUAGGACGAUUGAGGAGUUGAAUCAAAAGAUUGUGUUAUUGACUGCGGAGUUGAAUAAGGCAAAAAUGGGACGAGAGCGUAAACACAGUACGUGAAAAACAUGGACAUCGCUGGCAGUCGCGAAAAUGCCAUUCACAAUAUUUACUGUGUCGGUAACGUGUGAACUUUAGUUAUCAGAGAAUUGAAGGGCCCUGGAAUAUGCUAAUGUUUUCGCGUGUGUAUUCUUCAAAGAAAUUAAAGGCCACUGAGAUUGUAAUGACAGUCUAACGGUUUGUUUGUAAAUGAAAUCGUUCUGUGACUGACGUUUAGUCGGACUAUGGAGCUCCAUAGUUCGAUUCGAUAUCAAUGAAUAGGCUUGUUUAUUUUAAUUCCUAAAUGGGCAGUGUCCAGGUACUGAGAUAAGAAGUCUAAAAUUAUACUGGUUUUUAUUUACAUUUCACCAUAAAGUCUGUUAACUCUGAUUUUUAAGAUAACAAAAUAAAGACAUAAAUUUCAGAACUGAUGCACAAAUAUGCAUAUUUUGUAUGAACUUUCAUAUAAAAAAAAGAAAUUUCUAGCGUGUGAAACUAAAAAUAUAAUUCUGCGACUCAUCUGGAAAAUGUUAUUUGGGCCAGUAUGAUUUUGUACUUCUUCCCUCAAAAAAAGCCCUUAAUGCCAGAUAUAUGUUGCAUAGAAUUUUAUUGGCUGUUGGAAGACUUUUAUACGAAUUCACUGAAAAACUGGAGUUUUAAUUUGACUGUAUCUGUAGAAUUUGAAUGAAAUUUGUUAAAAGGUGAACUAGGAAUUCAGGAAGAUGUUUAGUUUAGCAAAAUGUUACCAGCUAAUGCUAUUUAAAAUAUCUGAAAAAAUAUCUGAAGACAGAAACAAAAAUGUUUGCUGCAUUGAGAAUGUUAAUUAUUGUACCUUUUGUUAUCACCACUGAUGGUGUGUAACUUUUCCCAAAAAAUAGAAUGAUGCAGAAGGCAAUAAGGCUAUUUUCAUCGCCAUUUAAAGACUGAACUUGUGAAAUCCUCAUUAGGUCUGCUUAUGUUAUUUUUGCAGUUUUUUUUCUGCUGUGAUACAGUAUUUUAAAAGCGUACAUUUUCAUCCAAUUUGCGGUUAACAUUUUUUUUUUUCAAAUUUCACAAAUUUCUAAAUAUUUGCUGCCAACAAACCUUGAAAUAAAAACAAGAUGACUAUAAAAUACCAGUGAUAGUAUAGAAAGCAAACAGCCAAUGAAAUGUCCUUGCUAGUUUUUCAAGUCGUGUUAAAACGUAGAUUUUUCUAAGGUCUGUGGUUAAAGUUAUAUUGAUUGGUCAAGUUCUGCAAUGGUCAUUGUCUGCAGUGUAAAUGUACACCAUGUUGAUUUCAGAAAAUAAAAUAUUCUGGCCAAAAGAAGAUUAUAAAGUACAA